UGAUGGAAAACAACCUAUGUUUUCUCAACCCCUUCUCCGACUACAAAGGUGCGCUGCACUCAAGCCGAGGCACCGCGGCCAUCGUGUCCACGGUCACUGCCACUGUGGAUAUCAUCCUGAAACAGGUUCCUCUCGACCCUGGCGACUACGACGGCGGGCUGUACGACGGUCCUGCGGGUGUGGCGUACAUGUUAUUCCAUGUCGCGGAAUGCGCGUUGUUUUCCGAGCAGAGAGAUGCGUAUCUCGAGACAGCGAAGCGAAUCAUCGACGCCUCCGUCAGACACGUGGACGCCGACCGAGACGUAAACACGCGGGCCGCCUUUCUUCUCGGCGGGGCUGGGAUUUACGCGGUGGCAGCGAUGAUCUAUAAAGCCAUGGGGCUGGCUGAGUUUGUUAAACCCCUGGCCAAAUUUUGUAACCUGUGGGAGGUUUACGCGCCCAUUAAUUUCCUUGAGUGUGGCUCAGAUGAACUGUUCGCAGGCCGGACGGGUUACCUGUGUGCUGCCCUCGUUCUCAAACAGAAGCUUGGCUUCGAGAUUCUUAGAAAGGAACAAAUUAAAGCUAUAUGCCACGCCAUCAUUGAUUCUGGAAAACAAUAUGCAAAGAAAAAGAGAAAACCCUUUCCGCUAAUGUACUCAUAUUAUGGAACAGAAUACCUAGGUGCAGCGCACGGCCUCUCCGCUGUGCUCCAGAUGCUUCUGAGCCACCACGAGGUGCUCAGCCGGCCUGAGAGGGACCUGGUGUGGCAGAGCGUGGACUUCCUCAUGACCCAGGAGCAGAACUGCAACUGGCCCGCCGAGCUGGGAGCCAUCAUCCAGAGGGAGAACCAACUGGUGCACUGGUGCCACGGCGCCCCGGGCGUGGCGUACCUGUUUGCUAAAGCCUAUCUGGUCAACAACAAGCCCCAGUACCUGGACACGUGCAUCCGCAGCGGGGAGCUGGUGUGGCAGAAGGGCCUGCUGAAGAAGGGACCAGGGAUCUGUCACGGAGUGGCCGGCAGCGCCUACGUCUUCCUCAUGCUCUACCGGCUCACUGGGAACUCCAAAUACAUCUACCGCGCUCAGAGGUUUGCUGAAUUCCUGUUCUCGAAGGAGUUUAAGGCAGGCUCGUGCUCGGUAACCCGUAGUUACAGCCUGUUUGAGGGGUUAUCGGGUACCGUCUGUUUCCUGGUGGAUCUCCUGCAGCCCGACCAAUCAGAAUUCCCGCUUUUCAGCAUCUUUGUGUAAAUGGCCCAAGUCAUGUGACAUUCAGUUAACAGACUCCACCCAUUUGUGUUUUUACUUCUCGUAAUAGAAUGCAUUAAAUAUUUAGGAACGUUAUAAAUACAUAGUGUAUAUAGUUAAAAACAUAUAAUUUCAUACAAACACAAUCAUACCAUAAUCUAUGAAUUAAAUAAAUCCACAGAAUAAGAAUAUAGUCCAUAAUUUCAGAUGGCCUGUAAUAUAAUACAGGUCAUUAUCAUUAUGAAGUAUUAUUAUUACUAAGUAUAAUAAUUAGUAACACAGAGUCAAGAGAAACAUACUUACUCCAGGCGGAGUAAGUAUGAACCCUAUUAUCUAGUUCCUCUUUGUUGUUAACCUUUUGCCUGGCAUGAACCGGUCACGAGAAAGCAGUGACCCUUAGGUAUAUAUCUGCUUGGAAAAUAUUUGUGUAAAUAUUUCCCACCUCUGAUGUAAGGUCAAACUGCCUAACAGAGGGGGUGCAACUGUGCCCCCCUUUCCCUAGUAGCCCCCUGGGGAGGGUCUGAAACUGCUCAGGCCCUCUGCUACAGAAGAAAAUUAUGCAUAACAUAUUUAAUUUCUAGCCGGGAUAUGUUUUUCUUUUUUAGUUGGCGUUUGGAAAGUUAUAAUAGCGAAUCUGCUUUAAUAAACAGUUCCCCAAUGCUAUUCGGGCCUGCUGUGUGCAUUGUCAGAAAGAGCAUAGCCUAUUUAUAUCCUAAACAUGUGCUGUGUUGUUGUUUUUUUAGCUGCAUCUUGCAUAAUUAAGAUGAAUAAAUUCGAUGUUGUGAAUGUAUUUGCUUCAAUCAGUUGCAUUUCAUUAUGAAAUAAAUAGUGU